GGGGGUGGGGGGAGAGGCGGUCCCCGCAGGGAGUGGGCAGGCAGGCAGGCAGGCCGCCGCCGCCGCGCCGCUUCCCCUUCCCUCCGGGCCGCCUCCUCGCCCUCCCCGCAGCCGCUGCCCCGGGGCGGCCGGUGGCGGCGGCGGCCAUGCGCGUGGCCGGCCUGCUGGGCUUCCUGCGGCCCGCGCUGCCGCUGCUGCUGGGCCUGUCCCUGGGCUGCAGCCUCAGCCUGCUGCGGGUCUCCUGGAUCCAGGGCGCCGAGGACGGGGCCGCGGCGGAGGACGCCUCUUGCCUGGACGCCGCCGCCGCCGCCGCCGCCCUGGGCAACAGCCGGCAGCUGUCGGCGAAGAGGCCGCAGGAGGCUGGCUGGGCGGGCGCGGCGGCGGAGCAGGAGCAGGAGCAGGAGGCCUUCCGGCCCCGCGUGGUGCCCUACUCCAGAGACCCCGGCAAGCCCCACAAGAAGGUGCUCAGGACGCGCUACAUCCAGACGGAGCUGGGUUUCCACGAGCGCCUCUUUGUGGCCGUGCUGACCUCCAAGGCCACCCUGAACUCGCUGGCUGUGGCUGUCAACAAGACGCUGGGGCACCACUUCGCCCACCUGCUGUACUUCACCGGGCUGCGCAGCGCCAAGGCCCCCCACGGCAUGGCGCUGGUGUCCCACGGGGACGAGCGCCCCGUGUGGCUGAUGUACGAGACGGUGCGCUACAUCCACCAGCACUUUGGGGAGGACUUUGACUGGUUCUUCGUCGUGCAGGACGACACCUACGCCCAGGCGGAGCAGGUGAAGGCCCUCCUUGCCCACCUGAGCAUCAACCAGGAUGUCUACCUGGGCCGGGCAGAGGAGUUCAUUGCGGGGGACGAAGAGAGCCGCUACUGCCACGGGGGCUUCGGCUACCUCCUUUCCCGCAGCCUGCUGCUGAAGCUCCGCCCGCACCUGGACGGCUGUCGCAACGAGAUCCUCAGCGUGCGGCCCGACGAGUGGCUGGGACGCUGCCUGGUGGACUCCCUGGGCGUCAGCUGCAGCUCCCAGCACCAGGACCAGCGUUACCUGACCUUUGAACUGGCCAAGAAUGCGGACCCAGAGAAGGAAGAGGGGGAAGAAUUUGGGAGGGCGGUCACUGUGCACCCCGUCACUGAGGCCACCCUCAUGUACCGCCUGCACAAGCGGUUCCGCAGGAUCCAGCUGGAUCGGACCUACCAAGAGAUCGAACAGUUGCAGGCCCAGAUCCGUAACUUGACGUUGCUGACGCCGGCAGGCGAGGCGGGGCUGUCGUGGCCCGUGGGCAUCAGUGCCCCCUUUGUGCCCAAGUCUCGCUUUGAGGUGUUCAACUGGGAGUAUUUCACCGAGCAGCACCUCUUCUCCUGCCCUGAUGGCACCCCCAAGUGUGCGCUGGUUGGGGCCAGUAAGGCCGACGUGGGCGACAUCCUCCAGGCCGCUCUGGAGCAGCUCAACCAGCGCUACCAGCCCCAGCUGCGCUUCCGCAAGCGGCAGCUCCUCAACGGCUACCGGCGCUUCGACCCCACCCGGGGCAUGGAAUACACCCUGGACCUGCUGGUGGAAGCCGCCACCCAGAAGGGGCACCGCCACGUGCUGGCCAAGCGGGUGCACCUCCUGCGGCCACUCAGCAAGGUGGAGCUCAUCCCCAUGCCCUACGUGACGGAGGCCACGCGGGUGCAGCUGGUGCUGCCCCUCACGGUGCAGGAGCUGGACUUUGUGGGCAACUUCCUGGACACCUUUGCCAUGAAUGUCCUGGACACCCACGACAACGCCCGGCUCACGCUGCUCUUCGUCUACGACCCCUACGACGCCCAGCGGGUCAGCCAAGUGGAUGUCUUUGCUGGGGUGAAGGCCAUGGUGGCUGAGCUUGAGAAGCGCUAUGCGGAGGCCAAGGUCCCCUGGAUCAGCGUCAAGACCGAGGUGCCCUCUCAGGUCAAGCUCAUGGACAUGGUCUCCAAGAAGCACCCGGUGGACACCCUCUUCUUCCUGGCCAGUGUCUGGACAGAGGUCAACACGGACGUCCUGAACCGCUGCCGCAUGAACGCCAUCAGCAACUGGCAGGUCUUCUUCCCUGUCCACUUCCAGGAGUUCAACCCUGUGCUGGCCUUCCGGGGGGAGCAGGCUGCCGCGGCCUCCUCGCCCGGCACGGACUUCCUGCGGGACGGGCACUUUGACCGGCACACCUUUGCUGAGGCCUGCUUCUACAACGCGGACUACAUGGCCGCCCGGACCAAGCUGGCGGCCGACCUCCUGGACCGGGAGGAGGCACUGGAGGAAAUGGAGGUCUUUGACGUCUUCUUGCGCUAUUCGGAGCUGCACCUUUUCCGGGCGGUGGAGCCAGGGCUGGUGCAGAAGUACGUGCUGAGGAGCUGCAACCCCCGCCUGAGCGAGGAGCUCUACCACCACUGCAUCCUCAGCAACCUGCAGGGCUUGGCCUCCCGCUCGCACCUGGCCAUGGCCCUCUCUGAGCAGGAGCAGGCCAACAGCACCUGAGGGCGGGCGGGGGGGGCAGCGGGGAGGCAGGGCCGGGCGGUUUGGGCUCCUAAGAGGAGCAGCUGAGUGUCUUCUCUCUGGUGAGCCUGCCUGGUCUCUGCUCUGUGCACACGGAGCCCCACUCCUGCUGGGGGCGGGAGCGUGCUAGAGAAAGCAAGGAGAGGGGCGCCUGGCUAGGCCUGCUCAGGGCUCCCUCAGGGGGCUUCGGCCCUCUGUGGUGCUCAGAGAGGUUUCCCGCAACCCCCAACCCCCCCCCCCCCCCGGUGCUCGGCUGGUAUGGCUGUUGUGUGGCGCGCAGAGGUGAAAGGCCUUCUCUGUGGCCCCCUUGCUCAGAAUGGCCAUUGGGGCGGGGGGGGCACAGCCUGCAGGAGGCCGCUGUCCUUGCUGCUGCUCCUCCUCUUCUGCCGCCGAGACAGACGGUGGGCUUCCGACGCUGCCUCUCUGGCAGCCCCAGUUCCUUGGCCGUGCUGGCAGCAGCAGCCGCCGCCACCCUGGCCACUCCCAUGCCCUGCCGCAGGGCAGUGCCACGCAGCCAGAGGGCUCCCCCAUCACAGGCUUGGGAGGGCGGGGGGGGGGCGCCUGUGUGGCUGCCCUGUGUCUCUGCACUCCCUGGAUGGCGGGGGGGGGCCAUGGACACUGGUGGGGUGGGGCUGGCCCCUCUUCUCCAGAGACACGUUAGGUGUGGAGGGUUGGCUCUGCUGGCCUGUUGCUGAAUGCAGCUUGGUGGGGGGCUGGGGUCUAUUUUAUGUUGGUUUACUAUAUUUAUAUGAUGACUUUCUGCCAAGGUUUUGCAGCUCGACAUAUCUUGAAAUAAAAAUACAGAUGUGGUCAACA